AACACAUAUAUAUGCCUACAAAAAAUAUAAAUACAUAUAUGCUUUUGGGACAAAAAAUACAAAGAAAUAAAAAAGAGUAAAUUAAAGAAGAAAAAACUCAAGUGGCGAAAUCUACGCAGAGAAGGAGGAAGAAGGACCCUCGCAAGUGAAAUGUUGCACUGUGUGUGGGUGUCAAAUUUGUGAAAAGGCAGAAGUUUCCUGUCUGUGUGUUGUAUGACUGAGGGAACAACACUAAUUGAGUUUUGAUUUCAUCUUCACCAAUGGAGUGCAACAAGGAUGAUGCUCUGAAGGCGAAACAAAUUGCUGAAGAUAGAAUGAAAAGUGGUGACUUUGUAGGGGCGCUGAAGUUUGCUAAGAAAGCUCAAAGACUGUUUCCUGAGAUACAGAACAUUACGCAGAUCCUUACUGCCUGUGAGGUUCACUGUGCUGCACAGAACAAACUCUCUAUGUCUGAUAUGGACUGGUAUGGAAUUCUUCUGACUGAUAAAUUUACUGAUGAAGCAACAAUAAAGAAGCAGUAUAAAAAGCUUGCACUGCUACUUCAUCCUGAUAAAAAUAAAUCUGCUGGGGCAGAGGCUGCUUUCAAGUUGAUCGUGGAUGCUAACAGAGUAUUGAGUGACCAAACAAAGCGUUCUUUAUAUAACGCGAAGAUUAGCCGUCUUGUUGGAAUUACAGCACCGCAGGGUCCACCCUAUCAGGCAGAUAGGAAUAAUUACAAUACUAGUUUUUAUUCACACUCCCACACUCAGAAUUCAUCGCAAACAUUUUGGACAUUAUGCCAACAUUGUGAUACUAAGUAUGAGUACUACAGAACCGUUGAAAAUUCUACCUUGCAUUGUCAACAAUGUUCAAAACUUUUUAAAGCUUAUGAUAUUGGGUUCUGGGGGGCACCAUCAGGACAUACAUCAUCAUCAUUUAACAGUCAUAAAGAUCCUCCAAACCAUGUGCCACCAAAAGAAGCAUCGAAAAGUAAUGGUGGAAAACCUUAUGGUAAAGGACCGGCAGACAAAUUUGUGCCGUCUUGUCCUGUACCUAUGGCAAAAUGUAGUGCUGGAGGUGAUGCCUCUUCAAAAGUUCGAAACAGUAAAGAUAGCAAUGGAGCUGCAGGAGUGACGAAGGCUGGUGCUGGAACUUCCAAUGGUACUACAUCCAAAGCCAAGCAAUCACAAACCCCAACAAAGAUUGGAAGUAAGAGAGCAAGGCAGUCAGCAUCAGCAGAUUCAAGAUACGAUAACAUGGAUGGAAAUAGCAAUGGCAUGAAAGACAGUGAUGUUCAAAAAAGUGGUGUUGAUCCUUCUGGACUUGAUUCUGGAGUCCAUUCUAGGAGAUCUUCCAAGAUAAAGCAGCAAGCUUCGUUCACAGAAACUGCUGGAGAUGGUGAGUUUAAGAAUGCUUCCAAAAGGCAACGGCAAGAUAAGACCACUAAAGUGGAUAAAAGAAAAGUGCCUGCAAAUGGUGGGUUGUUCAAUAAUAACACAAGUCCAACUAGUUUCACUGCUGAUGUGGCUGCUCAGAAUGGAGAGAUGAGAAAUAAAGAAAAUGCCCAACCUGAAAAAACAGUUUCAAGGAAUAAAAUGAAAACUGAGCAACUGAAUCCACAAAGAAAGGAGACAUCCAAUCCUGAUAUUAUUUGCUGUCCUGAUCCAGAAUUCAGUGAUUUUGAGAAGGUUAGGAAAAAAGAUUGUUUUGCUGUUGGUCAAUACUGGGCUGUUUAUGAUAAUACUGAUUGUAUGCCAAGAUUCUAUGCUCGCAUCAAGAAGGUGCACUCCCCUUUCGGGCUGGAAUAUACUUGGUUGGAACCAAAUCCAGUUCGCAAAGACGAAAUUGAUUGGCAUGAUGCAGGUUUGCCUGUUGCGUGCGGUAAGUACAGACUCGGUCAUUCUCAGAUAAGUAGAGAUAUUGUUAUGUUUUCUCACGAGGUGCAUUGCAUAAAAGGGAGUGGUAGGGGUUCUUAUCUAGUAUAUCCCAUGAAGGGUGAAACUUGGGCAAUUUUCAGACAUUGGGAUAUAGGAUGGAGUUCCGAACCAGAAAAGAAUUCAGAAUAUCAAUUUGAAUUUGUGGAAGUCCUAUCUGAUUUUGAUGAGAGUGAUGGUGUUAAAGUUAGUUAUCUAAGCAAAGUGAAAGGGUUUGUAAGUCUCUUUCAGCAAACUGUGCAGAAUGGAAUUAGCUUAUGUUGUAUUCCACCUACUGAGUUGUACAGGUUUUCACAUCGGGUUCCUUCAUUUGUGAUGACUGGUAAAGAAAGGGAAGGCGUUCCAAGUGGAUCGUAUGAACUUGAUCCUGCUGGCCUACCUAUGAGCGUUUUUCAAGUUGGUGAUCAUGGGGAUAUGAAGGACAAUGAGAAGUUAAACAAUGUAAGAAGUUCUUUCCAGGAACCUUCCAAGUGUAAAGUUGAACAUGAAAAGUUGAAUGAGAGCGUUCACAAAGCAAAGUUACGAGAGAGUAAUGGUACUGAAAGAGUUCCACAAAUCAGUAGAAGAGUUUCACCAAGGUCAAACACAAAAAGUAUGGGCAAUGGUCAAGCAAGCACUAGUCACUAUAUGGCUAGAGAGGAUGACAAAAACAGUAGCCACAGGGACUGCAGUCAACCGGAGGGAAGUGAAGCUGCUGCAUGCCAGACCAAUGAAAAUUUCGAAACAUCAAAGAAACCCAGGAAGAGAAAUUAUCAUGGAGAUGUAUUGACAGUUCGAAGGUCACCUAGAGAUUUAAGCAAGAAAAAUGAUGUAGGAGGUGCCGGCGAUUGUGCAACUGACAACUUGACUGAUAAUCAUUCCAACCCUAACAAUAAUAUUAAGGAAACCGUGUUUUCUCAGUUGGCAGGAAGUGCUAUCGCACAUUUGAAAAAAGAUUUGAGAGUUGUGGGAGCAUAUUAUGACUUCAAUAAGGAAAAACCCAGGGAGAUGUUUCAGUGUGGUCAGAUAUGGGCAAUAUAUGGUGAUAGGGAUAAUUUUCCUGAUGUUUAUGUUCAAAUCAAGAAGAUUGAAUCCUCCACUAAUUUUCGGCUGCACGUAUCUGAACUUGAACCCUGUUCGUCACCAAAAGGUUUGAAGCAAACAAUAUCCUGUGGUUCCUUCAAAACUAAAAAAGCCAAACUCCUAAUUCUCUCUCCCUCUACAUUCUCUCAUCAAGUAAAAGUUGAGCCCACGGGAAAUAGAAUAUAUGAAAUAUACCCUAAAAAAGGUGAGAUUUGGGCUCUAUACAAGGAACAGAACUACGAACUCAUUUCUUCAAACCAGGGAAGAGGCAGAAGUGAGUGUCAUAUAGUAGAAGUAUUAGCAGACAGUGACAAGAGUAUACAAGUUGUUGUUCUGGUGCGUCAUAGCAGAUCUCAGCCCAUUUUCAAGCCUCCCAUUAUUCGGCGAUCUAAGACCAGUAUAAUUGAAAUCUUAAGAGAAGACGUUGGCAGAUUUUCACAUCAGAUUCCUGUAUUUAAGCACAAUGGGGAAGACGAUGUUCAACUCAGAGGGUGUUGGGUGGCCGAUCCUUCUUCAAUUCCUGGUUUUUCACACACUUAAGUUGAAGUAUAGCCUUUUUUAUUCUCUGUCUCAGUUAGUUAGCUGUAAACUUAUGUUUUAUGGUACAAUUUAACCAGCUAUUUUCUGAAGUAUGAAAAAUGUAGCGGAAAUGUGUUGAAAAGAUUUCCAUAUGGUCAGUUGUUAUUGUUAAAGCUGCUGUGUCUUGAUUUGGCUCCGAUGCCAGAUCUUGUGUUGGCAUUUAACACUUAUAUUGAUGUUCAGAUUUAUCCUUAACAAUUUUACUGAGUAACUUGCAACUCUCAAGAGAGAGGGAGUCUUUCAUGGCAA